AAUGCUUAGGGAUGGUUCGAAAAAAAGAAAAACAAAAUUGCAAUGUUCUUGAUUUCACAAAGCAUACAAAUUUGGGUUCUUAUUAGAGCAUAAAGAUAUAUCCGAUUUGCAUGGCCUGUCUGUAAUAUUAUAAAUUUGUUUUAUUAAGCCUUUAUUAUGUUUUUAAUUAACAUUCGAUUCAAAUAUGAUUAUUACAAGUCUUUUGCCAAGGCGCUUUUUAUGAUUUUCACAUAGCCGCAAAAAUCUGAUUUUGAAAUGUUUGGCAUCAGACAUUUUUCAAUACAUUUGUAGCUUGUUAAGACCAAGAUUGUAAAGAAUUAAUUUUGCCAAAUUUAGAGAUCCCGUUGGCCGUGUUUGGUGGAGUCUUGUGAUGUCAGUUUAUUGAUUAUAGGCUUGAGUUUUACCCUCUAAAAAGUCACUUAACUCGGUUGGCUAGCUAAACUCGUCACCUGAACGAUUUUGAUAUUCGCCAAAGCCUGCAAUGGAUAGAAUUAUGUUAGCAAAGUUAAAGGCUAUUUAAAUUAUCCGGAUAUAUUAUUUCUUUAUCAGAAUUGCUGAAAUUACACGGCAACUGUUUUCUUACUCGGAGAUUUGUAAAAGCUACCUUAUUACGAGAAAUGACGGUUUUGCUCAGCUCGUGCUCAUCGCCGAUGCCCUUGUGUUCAAGGUCGGAGAUGCGCAUAUUUCGCCGUGAUUUCUGAUUCUCAAGCCUGCUCAGCCGUUUGCUUGAGUACAGUUGCAUUCAUCUCACUAUUCCCACUGGUCUGUAAAAGUGUGCUUUGUUUUCACAUGUGAUUAGACUGUUCAUUGUUUUCUAGCCAAUCAGAUAAGCCAAUGUGUGAGUGACCAGUGAACACUGCAGUUUAAGGCCGUAGGUGAUGCUCUUAAGCUCUUGAGUGCAUCCCUAAUCAAUCUAAUCACAGGUCACUCUUAUAUUUGAUAACAUCUUGUGAGCAAUUUUAGAUUUAUUAAAAAGGCAGCUAACAUACAACUCAGUCCACUGAAACUCGCUUUGGACCCUUGGUUAAGUGUUGAGAUUAAAUAUGAAAGUGAUCCAACUUGGCAGUGAUUUGUUCUACCUAAGGAAGGAUGUUUUUACCGAGAUUAAAGUUUGGAGACACAAAAUUUAUCAAGAAGCAAAGAGAAGUAUGUUCAUAAUGAAAGCACAUAUUUAUGUUUAAUUUCAUCGUUCUGUAAGCGGUGGCCGGGCGGAAAGCUAUUUUUGAAAUACGCGCGAUUCGAACCAUUUUUUUCUGGCGACUGAGUCUGGAAGGUGUUUUUCAAGAAUUCAGUGCUGUGUCUUCAUGCUUUUUCGCAUCCUAUCUAGAUUGCAAAUCGCCUAAGUGCAAUUCUAGAGAACAUUUCAGAAUGCAGAAGACUGACUCCAUUUCUUAUAGCUUCAAUUCAAAAUUAUUUUGAAAAGGAAGCAUAAAAUAAAGGAUUUAUAACAAUUUAGUUCCUUUUGUUUAUUGAUAACUAAAUGGAGUGUAAAAGGGCAUUUUUAUACGCGUUUAAGCGGCAUCUGUAAUUCAGUGUCGCUUGUCUUGUCUUGCGAUAUUAGCCAGAUAUAUCUUGUUGUGUGACGUCAUCUAGACUAAACCUUCUUAGAAAGUUGACGAAGAUCCAAUUACGAAUUUCACUUGCUUUUCUGCCCCAUUUAUGCUAUUUGAUUACACUUCUAUGGAUUAUACUUCUAUUGGGUUCAUAAAUUAUAUUUCUAUUGCACUUUACACUUGCUCUUUUUUGCACAUAAGACUCCGGAAUCACAGAAAAAAGGAAACAACUGUAUCAUCUUUUAUAUAACAUGCUGAAAUUUAGUUAUUAUCUAUUUUAAUUUCUAUUUUGUUUUUGCGUUUGUUGUGACUUGAAAUAGCGGUACUGUUUUCUAUAAUUAAGCUAAUAAUUUCAAAUCUAAGAAAGGAUAACCGAAAUUUAGAUGUUUAUCAUCUUUGCAUCCAAUUUAACCACACCUGUAAUUUAACUUAAUUUCUUAAUGGAUUCAUGAAAAAUUCAACCAGAUCAUUUUAUAAAAUAACUAGAGACCCGAAAACGAUUCAAGCUGUAUUUGAAAAUAGCCGAGAUUUAGAAAUGUGUAAAAAUGCGGCAGCCGAGAGGUGGAAAAUCGUUUCCCUUAAAAAACUUUAUGUGAUGAUUCAUUUUGCAAUGUUUUUACUAAAACAUUCCUAAGUCUAGAUGUUUAUUUGUUUAAAAGACUUGCAAUGAAUAAAAAAGUUACGAAGUCAAAUAAAAAUAAUCUUUUAAAAACGGAGUUUAGCUGCUGUCAAUGUUGAUGAAAACUAGCACAAAAAAUUGUACAAAUGAGGAUAUUUAUUUAAGAAUUAAGAGAAGAGAACGUAAAUCUCAAAAGUUUAGAGACAUUUGACGCGGCUUCUUCUCAAGGCUAGGAAAACAACAUCUCUGGAUGUGACAACUGCCUCUAUUAACAGAAAAAUGCGAAAGGUUGUGUAACGUGUUGAGGGAGAAAUUUGAUGUUUGCAAGGCGCAAUUUUGCAGCAAUAGAAAUUGUGAUGCUAAAAGUAAAGUUACCUCGGUUGAUUUCGAAUUUAUGCACGAUCUAAGUCUAGUUUGUGAAUUAUGAUCUUUUUAUUCGCCAUUGUAAUCAUGACUGGAGGAUGCAAUGUCAGAAAGUGCUAUUCACAUCAAAUCCAUGUUAUUCUAAUUUGGGUUACAAACUGGAACAUGCUGGUACUGAAUUACCAAUAUUGUUCCAACAGUUACAUGUAAACCACAGUAAGGAAUGGAAUUGAAGACGAGGGUGCUUCGUAUAUCCUUAAUCUUCUUCAUAUAUCAUUAACCUCUCUAUCCUCUCUAUUUAAUUUUAGCUAUUCUUAUAUCUUUAUCUGUUUUAUGUUUUCAAAGGUAUCUUAAUACAAGAAAAAUAUCGAUGUUUAAAGCAAAGUAUAGAGCAUGUGACCAGGCUUUUAAGGUAAAUAUUAUUGAUUUCGAACUAAAUUACUUUUGUUAUGUCCGCAUAAAGUUCCUAUGUCUCUUAAGCUAUUCACAUGGGCAUUGUAUGGCCAGAAAACAUCAAUUGCGAAAAUCAUUUUCUUUCUAUCAUAUUCACACACCAAUGAAAAUCUUUUUGUUUGAAUUGAAAGGUUAGUUAGUAAACAUUUAUGCAAGUGAGGUGGUUAGUUUGCUAGCUAAUUGGUUGACUUGCUAGUUAGAAAAUUUAUGUAUUAGUUUAUUAGUUAGAAAGUUGGUUUGUUAGUCAGUUCAUUACAAUGUAUGAUAGCUGGAUUUUGCAGUAACUUCAGCAAAAAAUACUUAAGCAGAAAACAGCAAUCCUUCAAUUUCCCAGUAUCCUUUUAUAUAGCAAACUAGAAUCAACAUUUUUCAAUAAUUUGGUCUUCUUCAACUUAGACAAAGGAGCUGAUCUUUGCAAAAGCAUUUUAGGGCCAAGCUAGGGGAUAUCUUGAAAUUGGUUUAUUCAUAAAUAACAAUGGAAAUUUAUGGCCACUGGUUACUGUGAAUUUUUAGGCUUCUAAUUAAUAGAAUUGAAUCAAUGAACAAGAACCAGUAAAUAAUUGCUCUCGCCCUGGCAGGUUAAAGAUCAUUAAGUUGGUUGUGAUUUUCAGUGAAUUUUUGAUUUGGACUUGAUUUAUUCGAAAGAUUAUCAUUAUCAUCAUCAUCAUCAUAUUCAUCAUCAUCAUCAUCAUCAUCAAUCAUCAUCAUCAUCAUCAUCAUCAUCAUCAUCAUCAUCAUCAUCAUCAUCAUCAUCAUCAUCAUCAUCAUCAAUCAUCAUCAUCAUCAUCAUCAUCAUCAUCAUCAUCAUCAUCAUCAUCAUCAUCAUCAUCAUCAUCAUCAUUUUCAUCAUCUCCCUAUUCAGUAAUAUAGGAAUCAUCAUUUUCGUUAACAAACAUCUUCAUAGUUAUAAUGUUGAUGAAUGAAUUCGUAAACUCUUAUUUAAUUUAUUGAUAUAGAACAAAUCCAACGCCAAAACACAGAUACAAAGUGCUGCUUUGUUUAUAUAUAUUGAUAAUAUAUUGGUGCUAGAUCGUUUUACUAAAGCCUUGCUCUUUGGAAAUUGUUAGAAGUAUAGGAGGAGAAGAAACAAUGAGGAAAUGAUUUGUAUUAACAAAUUGACAAGUUGAUAUUUACAGUAUAUAGAUGACCUACACGAGAGAGGAGUCAUUUCUCCGCAUUUGUACCCCUAUUUUCUUUUACGUUCCCCUGAAAUAAACAGUCAACUCAAUAAGGUAAAAAGCAUCCUCAUCUCCAAUCAAAAGACAAUCAUUCCAUGAUGAGUCAUAGAAGCUGAAGGAAAUUUAGGUGUACUGCCUGUUUGUAACAUCAAAGUUAAUGCAAGAAUAUUUUGGCGAGGUACGAUAAGGCAGAAUCAUGCCUCGAAGCAUACCUACCAUGUGCAUACCCUUGUUCUCUAUCUUAGGCUGUUGCCCACGAUCAGUAUACAACAUUUUGUCUUUGUCUUAACUUUGAAAAAGAAAGGCUUUUCAAUCUGGAAAACGUUUCUUUUUAAGGCAAGACAGAUGUAGUGUAAAGAGCACAAUGGAAAAAUGGAUACAUGUUUUUGAACAGGCACUCAAAAAGGUGAAUCUUCAAUUUAUUACACUUUUGCUUAAACUUUCAAGCAAGAAAAUGAUGAAUAUUACAGUCUUGCAUAAUAUUUUAAUCUUAAAGCUUUUUUGGAGUCUUUCUUGCAAUGCAGUACAAAGAUAGCAAUUUUUUUAAUAAGUUUAUGUUAAGAAAAUCCCUACAUAUUUUGAAAACCUCUUUUCUAAAUUGUUUUGAAUCAUCUGUUUCUUUUGUUCGAUCCAUAAAAGAACACCAUUACUCUGCUCUGCAAAAAUUGCGAGGUCGAUAGCUAAAGGCUUUCAUAAAAAUCUUUUCGGAACAAAUUUUUUUCGAUGAUUUAUUUAGUUAGUGAUAGCUCGUAAAAGGGGUUUGUCCUUAUGAAAAUGGAUGGUUCAGCAGACUAUCAGGCUGAAAUUUCAGCCUUCUUAAACAUAAAAUCGGUAUAGUUAAUUCUAUAUCAAAUUCCCAGGGUUGAGGCCUAUUUUUCCAGACACCAAAGGGGAGGUAGAUAGAGAGGGGGUUAUUUUGAAUAGCCACAAGCUCAAUUUCAAUGCAGAAAAAGCUAGAAAAAAGACAUUAUGUUUUUUAAAGCUUGAAAUAUAUAUUAAUGGGGGUGCUAAAUAGAAAAAACGGGUUUUGUGCUUCCAAAAUAGGGGUUUAGCGGAGAAGAGGCUGAAUAAUUAAUUUGCGGUAAUCAUGAAAAGGAAGUCUGCAUGUUCUUAAUUACUUGAACUCUUCUUUCUGCGAAUUAGCUGCUUUCUCUGAAUUGAAACUUUGCAAAAAUAUUUUGUCUUAAAAAAUUCAACUACCAGAUCAAGUUUUCAUUUAAAAUAAAAAAAUGUCUAAAUUAGACUAUAUACUCAGUUUGUAAUUUUUGUAGUAUUUUUUAUGCAGGUGAAAUUUUUUGUCAGGAAUGUGUUGCAUUGCUUUGGUUACACAGCUUUCACUACCUUAUAAAAGUUUUUCUGCUAUGAAUGUUAGCAAUGAAGAUAGAAGCCUGAAAGAUUUUGCUCUAUUCAUCAUGCCUUUAUCCUAGUCCAGUUAGUGUAGCAUUCAUUUCAUGUUGAAUUAUGAAUGAUGGAAGAAUAUUUAAUGCUGUCUGAAGGCGCACCCACCGCAAGUAAGAAUGGAUACAGACGUGUGUGCUGUCGUAUAAGGCGAGACCUGAGGCGACAAAUCAUCUCAAAUUGCGGCAAAUAGUGCGAUCUAUGACACCAUAAACAUAAAACAGACAUGACACGAUUCUGUUUUCUAUCUCAUCUUCUGCAUCAACAUAUCUUCACUUUACUUCUUGGAACUUUGAACCAAACGCAAACGUAGCCAUUUUGACGAUACUUUACUCUUGUAUGUUCUCUAUAAUUUUAGAACAUUCGAUCUCUAUUAUGCAUAUGUUGGAUUGUUUGAAAUAACCGCUGCAAUCGCAGCGUUCUUCAUAGCAUAGAUACAAUAUGCAUGUUUCACUCUAAAGGGUUUUUUGAUGUGUCGUUUGGUUUUUCGAUUGUUGAAAAGCAGUCCACUUGCUUCAGUGGAUAUAGAAUCGCAAAAUAGUCAUUUCUAAUCUGUGAUUUUAGCGCAAAUGAUCGCCUACCCUGAUAAACUAUAAUGUUUUGAAUGUAUGCUAAUGAAUACCAGAUGGGCAUCAGGAUGGUUCGUGAAAGCCUGUCACUGUUUUUGUCUUUCAAAGCUCUUUUAAAAUUGCAACUUCUUUAUUUUAAGAACAAUAUAUUAAGGUGCAAUGCUGAAUUUAGUGGCACCCUCCCCAUAAGGCGCAUUGUGAGUAAAGCACCUUAUCUAUAUAUAUACAAUGGACCCUUGAACAUGGUUCUCUUUAACUUUGCAAGCAGCUAGAUGACCAAACUAUAAAAGUCAAUAAUUUUGCCCUGUCAUGCUUAGAGAAAGCCUAACGAGUUGCGCGACCCGUGAUUUUCUUCGUAAUGGGCCAAUCAGAACUCUUCCUUUUGCUGGCAAGAGAUAUGCAUACUCACCCCGGUUCGGUUAUGCUUAUUGAAUGCAUAUUGCUUGACCAAGUGCUCAUUUGCCACCCGGGCAACCAAUUAAAAAUGAAUAAUCACGAUUGCCCUUUUGAACUUGAGUGGUCAUGCGUGACCAAUAAACCAUUAGCACGGGGGUUAAUACAGCUGUCUAGUAUUGCUGGAAUUUGAUUUUGUUUUAUUGGAGACUUAAAAAUUCGAUUAUCAUCCAAUUUUUGGUCGAGCUUUUAUUUUUGAAAUAUUUUACGUUUCCUAUUUUAUUUGGAAAAUUACUCGAAAGAUUUAGUCAAAUUAUUCAUUUUCUAGUGACAAAACAUGUCUGCAGAAGUGCUAUAUCUUUUUAAAGUGAGAUUUGAUAAAAUCAGAGUUUUAUAGCUGAAAGUUUUUGAUGAAUAUUGAAGCCUGGCGUUUUGACUAUCUUUUUCUAUUGUUUUUAGGUCAUUCUAGCUUUGCCAUUCAGUGCUUUGAACCUAAACGUUAUGGCAAAUACAAAAGAAUUCAAUCAUUACCCUGCAAAUGAUUGUGAAAGCAAAUGCAAUGGGUUUGCUUACGAAAUACCAAAACAGAAAUUUGUCAAGGUAGGUAGGAAGGAAGCGGUUGGGUAUUUUUCCAACAGAUUGAAAAUUAUGCUGCUAAUCAAGAGGGGAGGAUGAAUUGACAGGGAAAAAAGCGAUCGUUUGAAUCUGGAACUAAGAGGAAUUUUUCAGUUCAAGGAUUUUUAAGGAACUAAAUAUCAUAGAAAAUCGAAACUAUUUGAAUACAAGGACCAAGAAAUUGGAAGAAUUGAAAAAUGCAAUUGGCUAGACAUGAAUUAGAACAUACAUUCAGCAUGGUGCCUCUUUCUGAUGGAGAGAUCGUACAUUACUUAGUGUUGCAUUCAAGAGGUUACCCCCCGUGCAUGCGUUCUGGUCUAGAUUAGUCGCUUUGCUAGCGCCUUCUAAAGUCGCCUUCUCGAUACCCGUAGAUCAGGAAACCUGUGCUCGUUCAAGGUGGCGUACUGUUCUGAGUCUAAAAACAAAGCUUAAGAUCAACGAUUUGCUUUGAAAGACGGGCAUUAAUUGGGCGUCCCAGUUGCCCUUAAAGAUGCCACUUAGAGGAUGGAUGGCAUAUUGAACGGCAAAGCCUACAAAGACGAAAUUGGAAUUUUUGGCAAUAGCAAUCUUGGCCCUGGCGGAGUGAAUCAAUUAGGAGGUGUGUUCGUCAACGGCAGGCCCCUGCCGGAUUAUAUGCGACAUCGCAUCAUCGAGCUGGCGCAUUGCGGUGUACGACCUUCUGAAAUUUCGAGACAACUAUUAGUUUCGCACGGUUGCGUCAGCAAGAUACUGGGGCGUUACUAUGAGACGGGGUCGGUUCGACCCGGGGCCAUUGGCGGCAGCAAGCCGAAAGUCGCAACGCCAAAGGUAGUGGCCAGAAUCGUCAAACUCAAAGAAGAGAACCCAUGUAUGUUUGCAUGGGAAAUCAGGAAUACCCUUUUGUCCGAAGGGGUUUGCGACAAUUCAAAUGUACCGAGUGUUAGCUCAAUCAACCGCAUUUUACGGAACCAUGCCGCUGAGAAGGAGUCGAAGGAGGCCAAGCGAAAGCAAGAAGAGUUCCAAAAAGUCAAUGGCCUUGCACCGGCGAUGUUGAAUGGAUUUGGUUUCAACGGAUUUGGAUUUAGUGGUUUGAAUGGUUUAACUGACCAAUCACAUGCACAAUUUCCUUUCGCACUAAAUACCGGCUUUCCUAUGCUAGCACCACAGUUACAACAACCACAAAUAAUGACCCUACCACUAAACACCCCAUCUCCGGAGCGGCAAAAAAUCAACGGAGACAUUUCUUAUGCAGCGACGGCUCAUCUACAGCAACAACAGCAACAUCAGCAGCAACAGCAACAACACCAUCAACAACAACAGCAACAACAACAUCAACAGUCAUCACACACAUCGCACCCCCAGAAUACAAUACACAUGCAAUCGGACCAUCACCAAACAACUACGGAGCAAGAUAGGGCUUCGUCUGGAGAUCGGGAGAACAGACACAGGGAAACAAAUACACCUGUCGGAGAACACCUGAAAACGUCAAGAACUGACGAGGUUGGCGAAGAAAUCAAAAAUGAGGAAGGCGAGAGGGAUUGCGAAAGCGACAAAGAGGACCCAAAGAGGAAGCGAAAAAGGUCGGAAGAUGGACACGGUGGGAAAGAUGACACGCAAGGCGAAGAGAAGCUGAGUACCCCCAGCGAAAGUUCGACGACAAGUCAGGGCACAAAUGGAUCAACGAGUCCUGACAUGAAACGGCGGAGAUUAGUCGAGAGCCCCUUAACAAGCCAUGCUGAGUCGCAAGUGUUCCAGAAAGUCUCUCCAACUUGGUUCAAGUAUAACCAACUUUUCCCAGGGGGCGGUAGCCUAGCAGCCGUCAAUGGAAUGAACAUGAACACGAUCAAUGGGCUGAAUCAACUGAGCAAUAUGGCCGCUUACUCGAACGGCGUUAACAACUUGAAUAAUAUUGCUGUAAAUGCUUACCAGGCGGGUAUGACUGGCAUGAAUGGCCUUGCGGCAUUCAACGCUCUUAACGGCGUCGGCAUGGUCAACGGCAGCGGUGUUGGAAAUGUAAACGGGUUGCAAAACAUUAACGCGCAAGGACUUAGUGCCUUCCCGACACCUAAUUACGAAACGGAACGUGCAAUGGUUCAAAAUGGACUGAGCAGCAUUGGAAAUAACAAUGAGUUCAACUGGCCUAACAAUUUUGUAAUCGCUGACUCUAACGCUUAUUCCCAGGCUAUGGCAAUAACCCAAGCGAACAAUGGCAGUCUUACAGCUGCCAACACCUUUAAUAUGAACAUGAAUUUUCCGGCAAUGCAGAAGAGUCUGUUGCAAGGUAUGACCGCCUCCUCUGCUUCCCCAACCUCAAGUUCGUCAGUAUAUGCGACGAUUUCUUCAAUGCCCAAUCAGAGCAUGGCAUUUACUGUGCAGAAUCCAAUGGGAAACGGUUUGCAGGCUAUGCAGUUCCAGAGACCUGACCAACUCGCCAUGAAAAUGAUGGGACCGUCAAUUUUGACUGUCAGGAAUUCACAGGUCCCCCAUGGAAAUUAAACUGAUAGUGAUAAACUUAACACGGUGACAUUGCAUAAGCUCAGGGGUGUGGCUAAUCAUAACAUCUCCGCACCCAGCCAAUGCUAUGAGCAGAAUCCAAAUACUUGAAGUUUCCAGGGGUGUUAAACCGCUUAAAACCAAUAGCAAUUAUCCUGAUGAAACCGUAUCCGGUUUGUGACGGUCGUGACUUCCUUGAACUCCACCGCUGACGUAGAACAAACUUAAAUCUUGCAACAGUUACGUUCAACAUGAAUCCACAAAAAUAACAAGUGACGUUUCAUUGCUUGAGGCAGUAGGCAAACUGUUACGCGAAAUCCCAGUUAAACCACACACCAAAGGAGUACGACAAGAGUGGAUUAGCAACAUGUCUUUUACUUUGGAAAUUGCUGAGAGUUCAUUUUUUGCUCUAUAACCACAAAUUCCAAUCAAUUUUCAUUCGUUAUCUAUCUUCACAUUUAAGAUCCAUUAAAAGAAUAUUGAUGGAAGAGCAAAUUAACUGAAGGCUCGAGGAAUAUUGGCUUUAACUGAUUCAUAAGACCUUGUUCUAUAUCAAAAUAAAAAUUUAUUCUGUGCUUUUGUUUUUAAUUUUCUCAUUUAAUGAAGUAGCUGGGUAAAACCAAUAGAAGCAAAAGCAGAUAUUUUUUUCAAAAAUAUAUAAAACUAUAUGAUAUUUCGUUUUGCUGCAUGAUAUGGCUAUUAUGCUACAUCGACAGUUAUGAAUAUCGACUUUUCCUUAGGUUGAAAGGCAAGUUGAUCAGUACAAAACCGUAGCCGCUUAUUUGAAUAAACCAUUUUCAUAACCACAAUAAUUGAUUUGAUGUUUAUUAUGAAUGGAUGAGUUUUUCACUUAUCAUACCUUAUCGCUUGGAGUUCCUAGCUCAUACUAACAAUGACCUUUUAUAUAAUUACAAUAAUUGUGUCUUGUCUUUAAAAAAGAUGAUUAUCAGAGCUUUCCAUGCUUUGGUGAUGACAAGAGCAAAGUUUGGUUUUCGAUGUUACUCUUAAUGUUUCAUCUGUAUCAGAUUUCGUUCUUGCUGCGGUGUAACUGACAAGGGCAGAAAUAAAGAGAUAUGUUGCUAGUCCUAUAUCAGCUCCGUAGCCGUUUAUUCUUUGCUGUUUAAAAUACCCCUCUUUAUAUUCCAAAUUUGAGAUUAACAUCGCACGUAUUUCCGAAAGCGUCUAACAUAAUCGCCCACAAAAGGGCGUGUAUUUGGUAACAUCGCUACGUCACUGAUAAUUUCCUCUUAGACAAUGAGCAUUUUUUGCAACCAAAGAGAAUUUUUUGUUAUCAUAUUUGUAUUGGGUAGAUGAAAUAGAGAUUCAUUUCUACGUCAUUUGAAAAUUUUCAGCUAAUUUCGGGCAACACAGCAUGAAACUUCUGGGCUCAAAAACAUUUUCAGAAUAUAUUUUAUAGAGCUGCAGAAAAUUAGAACUGUACAAUUACGUUGUAUUCAAACAUUUACCAGAACUGUAUUUAACACAGAUGUAGAAUUUUUUCAAACCUUAUCCAUAGAGCCCCAUAGAGAGCAGCGAAGUAAUCGUGUGAUGAGAAAUAUUUACGUCAAAAUGGUUCUCAUGCAUCAGCAAUCUUUGCCACGUUUACUACAGUUAUCCCUAGUUAUAAAAUCUCCUUGACUUUGUACAAUUUUACGAUGUUUUUUUCACAACCCCUUUGGUAGUGGUGUAGUGCUAUGAAAAUAACAAGGGGGUCUUUUGCACAUAAUGUUGCUAAAAACGAUGUCAAAAGUAUUAAUAGACUAAUUUCCGGCAUUAACAAGAGACGCUCAGCCCACCUGGGCCCCCUACCACUACACCCCUGCCCUUUAGUCUGAAUUAAGUUAUUCAAAAUCUAGUAAAUUGUUUACUUUUAACGAAUCUUUAAAGUAAACAUUCAAGUAUUUUAAAGCAUGUUAUAUAUGUUAUAUUUGUGUAUAAUAAUUAAAUGUCUUGUCAAAUUGAAACUAUAGUUGAAAAA